AUGUACAAAGUGGCAAUCGACUUCCAGGUAAAACAAUAUUCACAUUUCGAAGGUAUUGAUGUGAAAUUAAUUGAUAAACAGAUAAAUAUCAAGAUGUUUCAGAAAUAUACAGCGAAUUUAGCAACAUUAAAAAAUUAUUACCUCUUAGACUAUGCAAAUUCUGAUCCUACUGGAUUUUUUGAUACCCCAAACAUCAAAACAAUGUUUCGUAUUAUCGAUAAAACACCAAAAAAAGCAUUUGCCUUAUUUGAUGCAAUGUUUGUUCAAAAUUUCUCAUUAAACAUUAUAAAGAUAUAUCAAAACCCAGAAAUCUUCGCUGAUAUCGUUAGAGUUUACUUCAGCCAAGACUUAAGUAAUCGUUUUAUUUUUGGUUAUAUCACUUUUCCUGCAAUAUAUGGAUAUUUUUCGAUGGAAGAAUUCACGGCUUCGGCAAGUAAAUUUCUUUGUAACUACUUUAAGACUUGCGAAGAUUCAGAAUUUGCUACAAUUUUACUGAAAUCUUUCAUGAAAGGAGUAACAUUAUUUUUUGAUCAUUUUCUAUGCUCAUUAGGCCAUAACAUGAGUGAAUACAAUGAACUUAAAGACUUACAAGACAAACACUUUUUUGAUAUUACAAAUAAAUCAAUAAAAGAAGCCAUUCCAACAGUAUCACAGCAUCAUAUUUCAGCUCUAGAAGCCUACGUCAAAGCAUUUCCUAAGCUUGCAAUAACUUUUUUUGUUGAAAAUAUGUUAUAUCGACCAUACAAAACAGCUGCAUCAGCAUGCCCAUAUUUUCAUAAUCAAAAACGUUCAAAUUCGUAUCUCAAAUACUUAGAUCGUCUCAAAAACCAACAAUACAACGAUGACGUUUUAGAAUUCUUGAAUUCCUUCGUUUACUGCGAGUCACCAAAGCUCGAUCAGCUUUCUUUUGGAAAGUUGAACUGGCAUGGUGCAAUUCCUUUGAUAAUUAGUGAUGUCGAUGUCAAAUUAUUUUAUGAAAUUUGUACUUUUUAUCCAAACAAUAUUAUUUAUUGGCCAAAAGCUAUUCCAACCUUUAGGAAAUCAUUUUCUCCUGUUAUUUUCGACGUUUAUCCUUGUUUUCCCUAUAUUGAGUUCGAAUCUUUUGGAGAAGUCAUGUUUGGCCCAGCACCUUCCCCGUAUAAUUUUGAAGAUGUUGAAGAGUACAACAGAACCUAUGCGGCGAUAAUCAAAAGAAGCAAGGAUUCCCAUGUAAUGCUUUCAGAAUCGAUAAAAGAAAUGGGAUUUCCUGAUAAUGUUGAAGCAUAUCUCCUUAAUGAACUCCUCAAAAACCAUAAAGAGAGUUACUUUAGGUUUUUGACCGCAAUUACAAAAGAACAGUAUUUCAGAGAGUUUAUGAACUAUUGUGAUGCCUCCUAUACCCUUCUUCUUCAAGCAGUGCAUCAUAAAAGUCUCUCCGUAUUCAAGAAUAUCCUUCUUCAAGGAAAAUCAAUUUCGGAUUGCAUAAUUGACGCAAUUUGCUACAAAGCGGGCCUCAGAGAUAACAUAUCGCCUGAGAUGUACUGGGAAUUGAUAUUAGCUGUCAUGGAUAGCUACAGAUUGAAAGUUUCCAAAAGAGGAUAUCAAAUUGUCGACAAAUUCAAGCUUGUUCUUUAUAAUUAUGUGCCAAAGAACUUCAAUGUAUCAGGAAACAAGCGAUUGGCAGACUGUAUUGCAUCAAAAGUCGAUGCUUUGUCUGAAUCUCAUUGGACAUUUGGAAAAAUGCUGAGACAAGUCAUCGCAUUCGAGAAACAACUGCAUGCAAUACUUGGGGAUAAGUUCGAGGACCUCUGGACGAAUGCUUUCUGCUACGCUUUGAUGUCUACUCAUAGACAAUUAAUUGUUUUUCCUGUUUUCUUGUUUUGCCACUCAUUUAUACUCUCAAAUGAUAUUAUUGCGACACAGAUACCUGACAACAUCUCCAAUUCAUGGCACAACUUUUGCGCUGGAAUGUGGUCGAUUAUUUGUACAAAUGACGAGUUUUUACAGCUGGCAACGAAUCACGCGGCGAUAAGAAAGAUGUUUACAUAUCCUGAAUAA